UACUGGGACCACAGGUGUGUGCCAUGAUUCCUGAUUACUUUGUUUAUAUUUUGUAGAGAUGAGGUUUUGCUAUGUUGCCCAGACGAAUCUUGAACUCCUAACCUCAAGUGAUGCUUCUGCCUUGGCCUCCCAAAGGAGUGAGAUUAUGAGCAGGAGCCCCUGGGCCUGGCUGAGAUUUUUCCCCUUAGUCUUUUUAUACACAGGAUAUUUUAUUCAUAAAAUACAUAAAUAGUAGGAAAAUUUUGGGGUCAAGUGAAAUAGAUAUGUUGUAAUAGUUGAUAUAUAGACCAGAGUUCCUUAGCUGAACUGGAGGGGAAGGCUUUAGGUGAUCCAUGGAUUCCCUGAACUUGUGGACACCAUUGAAGAUCUGUACGAAACCAUGGACAGUCUCCUAUGAUUUUCAUUACUCAAAAUGUCUCUCGGACUCAAAGAUGCCUGAGAGCAAAGGAUGCGUGUUCCCCUAGUAUAGGAUCCAGGAUAGUGACUAACAGUAAACAUUCAGCAAAAACGCUUUGCCACAUUGAGUACUUCGACGUAAUGUCUCUAUUCAACAAGUCAAUGUACCCGGGAUCUCCUGUAUAUGUUAACCUCACUCUUGGAAGAUCUCAUCAUUCUGCUUACCCUAAAUUUCCUUCCACCUUCCUCCCUCUCUCACCAGACUGGACUCUGAAACGGGAAGGAGAAGUGGGGAGGAGAGCCCAACAUCCCUCAAGUUUAGAGUGGAGAGGACACAGCCUCUGCUGGGACAGGGAAAAGAGGAAUGCGGAGACCCUGAGGAUGCUUUUGGACAAUGCUCAGAGGUUGGGACAUUGCCAGGAGAUACCGUUCACCCCAGAUCUCCAAGAAAAGAGAUCAGUCUGGCAGUUACACGUGUUUUUCUUCAAACUGGUUGCCAGGUUGGAACGACCGAUGACAUCAGAGAUUCCGACUCUCCUGAUUGGAAGGACCGGCCUCUGGGUGCUUGGGAGCUCAGGUGGACAACAGCAACUUCUCAGAACUGCUCUUCACUCCUAACUUCUCCCGAGCCUCCAGAAGAGAAACGCGCUCUUCUGGGUCCUAACGGAGUCCGGAAGAAGGCUUUGGACAGAACAGGGACUAGGUUCUGUGGACAGAAACAAAGCGUUUAGGAGAGAUUAUGGCCAGUGGUCAAGUGCACCCCCCGUUUGAGGAGGAGAGCCCCCAGCCUAGCACAUCAGUGCGGUCCCCCGAGGUGGUGGUGGAUGAUGAAGCGCCAGGACCAUCAGCCCCUUGGGUAGAUCCCAGCCCCCAGUCUCAAUCCCUUGGCCUGAAAAGGAAGAUGGAAUGGUCAGACGAAUCCGAGGAGGAGCUGGAGGAGGAGCUGGAGUUGGAGCGCGCCCCUGAGCCCGAGGACACCUGGGUGGCGGAGACGCUGUGUGGGCUCAAGAUGAAGCUGAAGCGAAAGCGAGCAUCCUCCGUGCUCCCUGAGCACCACGAGGCCUUCAACAGGCUGCUUGGGGAUCCUGUCGUUCAAAAAUUCCUGGCCUGGGACAAAGACCUGAGGGUGUCAGACAAGUAUCUCCUGGCUAUGGUCAUAGCGUAUUUUAGCCGUGCCGGCCUCUUCUCAUGGCAAUACCAACGCAUCCAUUUCUUCCUGGCUCUCUACCUGGCCAGUGACAUGGAGGAGGACAACCAGGCCCCCAAACAAGACAUCUUCUCCUUCCUCUACGGGAAGAACUACUCCCAGCGACCCUUGUUCCAUAAGCUUCGAUACCAGCUCCUCUGUUCCAUGCGCUGGAGGACGUGGGUUUCCCCCGAGGAGAUGGAGGAGAUCCAGGCUUAUGACCCAGAGCACUGGGUGUGGGCCCGAGAACGCACCCUCAUUUCCUAGAGCUCUGGGGACAUGGAGGCCUGAGGUCAUCGGCCUGAGAGAAGAACACUGGGCCCAGGGGAGAUGGGAAUUUUCAGCAGGAAGUUGAUCGCGACGCUAAUGCCAGACACCAGGAAGGGAUAGAGGAGCCUCCUGUGCAGAUCAUCUAGAAGAAGCUGGACUCUUCUAGAAGGGGCAAAAUACCGUGACCAGGUUUUCCUCCUAGGAGCCAUGGAGGUACUUCUAGGAGUCAGUGGAGGGAAAGUGAGAAACCAGGGGUGUUUCUGGUUCCACCCCUUCCUGCGGCAAAACCUCCCUUUUCACGUUGCUGAAUCCCAGCCUCCCCUGGGCUGGAAGCUGGAGUUCCUGUUUCCUAUGGACUUGGUUGCCACAGUCCAGAGCAUUUGAAGGCACAGAGCAGGCGCUCAGAUUGUCACAGAAUUCUUUGUAAAAUAUGAAAUUACUGCCAUAGGAUUUUAACAGAUAGUUUAAUAGAUACUGUACAUUUUAUUGGUUUAUUUUUCAAAUGUUGGCCAUACAAUUAUUACUAGGUUGAUUUAAAAGAGUCUGGAGUUUUUGUAGUUUUGAAAACAUGCUGUUCCUAUAGAGUUCUCUGAUGGUUGUUAUAUACACAUAAAUACAAUUUAGUGUUCAUUUUUAAGAGAGGAUUCUUUUUAUCGUAAAUGUUUUCUCUUUAAAUCGUUUUAUCUAUUAUUACAUGUGCUCCCGAAGCGAGCACUCUUGUUAUCUAUGAUACUGACCUAAUAUAUCCAUUAUAUGUAUAGCUAGGUGGUAGUUCCCCUACAUUCUUGUAAAUAGAAAUGUUUAUUUUCUGUUUAGUGUUUGUUACUGAAUUGUGAGAAUUCAGUUGUGAUUUUUAACAUGCCUUCCGUAUACACUAACAUGUCCAAUAUAUACUAUACAUUUUGUUUAUUUUGAAAAUGACGGGCGUGGCAUUAUUACUACAUUUAUUUCACUAGUUUAGAAAUACAAGUAUUUUUUAAAUGACACUGUUCUUAUGAAGUUGUGUGAUGGCUGUUACACCUGUUAUAUACAUAUAAAUAUAAUUCUGUUUUCAUUUUCAAGAGAGGAUUUUUUUAUCCUAAAUGUUUUAUUUUUAAAUCUUUUUAUCUGUUAUUACAUGUGCUGCUGAAGGGAGCACUGUCAUUACCUAGUGUAGUUACAUAAUAUAUCUAUUAGAUUUAUAGCUAGGUGGCAUUUCCCAGAAAUUCUUGUAAAAAUAAAUUUUUAUUGGACGUUGAGUGUUUGUUAUUGAAUUGUGAGAAUUCAGACAUAAUUUUUUAGCUUGUAUUGAAAGGUUCGUAUGUUACUUUAAAGAGGACAUGUGUUUGAAAGGAGGACCGGAGCUGUGUGUUUCAAAGAGGACAGUGCAGUGCGCUGCCUGGGAAAAUGCAAUAAAGAUGAAGUUUUCUCAUCUUCAC